UUCGAGUUCCUAACCUUAGCUUCGGUUGUCCGCCAACUCCUGUUGUCUUAGAUGAUGGAGAGGAGGGAAGGUAAACCGGAGGUGUUAUGCCGUGUUUGCGGAGACAAGGCGUCGGGCAAACACUACGGCGUGCCUUCCUGCGACGGUUGCAGAGGUUUCUUCAAAAGAAGCAUUAGAAGGAAUCUCGACUACGUAUGUAAGGAGGGGGGUCGAUGCAUAGUGGACGUCAGUCGCAGGAACCAAUGCCAAGCAUGUCGCUUCUCUAAAUGUUUGCGAGUCAAUAUGAAGAAAGAAGCUGUACAACAUGAACGUGCAAGACGUCCAUUCGUCCAGCAACAAUAUUCGUUGCAGAAAAGCUACGACUUCACCAGACAAGCGAUUUUUCCACCCACACCUCUAGCUACAUUCCCUCCCAUAAAUUCAUACAAUACUAUCGAUACGCGAACACCUUCAUUCUCCGAACAUACCUUUCACGAUUUCUCACGAUAUCCUGAUUCCUUACCACCAGAUAUCAAUCCACUUAUGCAAGCCAACUUGAAUACGCUAAAUCCAUUUAAACUACCGAUGUUUCCAACUUCCUUACACUAUCCACAAGCCGCGUAUUUCCCGACAAAUAUUUUCUAUCCACCCAUCGCUUUGGCGAACUCAGCGCACUUGGAAGCAAGAAGCACCAAACCCAUUUUUGAGGAUAUAAAUACACACAAAUUGCGUCAACCAUUCAAGGAUGAUGUAAAACCAGAUUCCCAGUUAACAGACAAAUUGAAAGAAGACGAAGUGUCAAGCUCAGAAGAAGCGUGCAAAAGCAAUCUACCCGCUAGAACAAAUGAAGACGAGAGUGCGUCUGGGACAUCGUUAGUUACGGAGGAAACUUUUCGUCGUAUCGACAGUGCGAAAUGUUUCGAACACAAAACUCUAUCUUCUAUGGCGGCUGGGAUCCGUGAUGGCUUGUACGAUCCCACCACUAAGCUACUAGUGCUUGCUGUCAAAUGGCUCCACAAUGUACCGGUCUAUUUGAAAAUGAAUCCCCGCGACCAAAUGCAACUAUUAUACAGUAACUGGAAGGAACUAUUCGUCCUAACUGCUUCCCAGUAUUCUUAUUAUUUUGAUGAAGAACACUUCAAAACCCUGAUUAACGUGAAGAAGCCAGAUAUGAAGGAAUUAUUGGAUAAAUUAACAUCGCUCCUAAACAAAAUUGUGAAAUGUCGCUUGGAUAAUACGGAGUACGACUGUCUGAAAAUUAUGCUGUUAUUCAGAAAAGAUACAUUGGAAUACCCGUCUUCAAGUCGAAUUGAAAAAUUUCAAGAACGGGCAUUGACAGAUUUUCAAAAUCAUUGCUUGUUAAAAGAUUCUGAUCGCUCUGGAAGACUGAUGCUUUUGCUACCGAGUAUUUGUUUCAUCAGCGCCCAAGGAAUCUUAGAAGAUUUAUUGUUUCCAGCAAUAGACAAGGAUGAAAUACACGUAAUAUUGUCACGUAUAUUAUUAUACUCUGCCAUUUAAUAAGUUCAUACUAAUAUUAUUAAAACAUUUAUAAUUUUUAAUUUGUAUUUACGUGUCUCAGUUUGUACUAAACGUAACGUAAAGUGGAAUAAUUUUUACGUUAUGUUACUAAAGUAGAUCUGAUAUAAAGCGUUCUAAUUUUUUUAAUAGCAGAUUUUUUUUGUAAAUUUA